AUGACUUCGAAUGAAGGCAAGCAGAAUAACCGGCCUGAUGCUUCAGUAGCGGCCUUCAAUGUUGCCCCAAUCCCAAAAGUAGAACCAACUAGCCCAACCUUUGACGUUACUGCACAGAGCCGAACGGUGGGCCGCCAGCUGAUGGUGUACCUGAUCUCGCACCUGCUGACUCAGUACAACGUGGACCUAUACGUGCGUAACCUGGUGGACAGCACGCGUAUUCAUAUCAUGCCCAGCAUGAACCCCGAUGGAUACGAGGUCGCCCAGGAGGGCAGCUGCUGGGGCACGCGAGGACGGCACAACGCUCGGGACGUGGACCUGAACCGGAACUUUCCGACCCGCUACAACACGCAGAUGGAGGAAGAGCAGCCCGAGACUGCGGCAGUUCGACGGUGGUCGCGCGAGGUCCCCUUCGUGCUCGCCGCCAACCUUCACGGUGGCUCGCUGGUUGUAAACUACCCGUUCGACUACGCCAAUUCCCUGAUGCAGGGCUUUGAAGACGAUCGCCAGCCAUCUCUGACGCCCGACGACGACCUGUUCCGGCACAUCUCCGGCGUCUACUCAUUCAACCACGCCAACAUGCACCUAGGCAUAGCGUGUUCCCCACACGGUCGGUCAGUCGUUCCCAAUGGCACAACGAACGGUGCUGCCUGGUACGCCUUCUCAGCUACGCUGGGUGCACAGGGGGCAGAGCGCACCGACGCUUGCGUUGGGGCUAGUCGGUGCACAGUAAGCACUGCCUUACGGCGGCAGAGACUACGCGAAGCAGCAGCACGAGUGCUGAUGCAGAGAAGGCGCCGUGUGCACUUUGGUUAUACCUACUCAAGCACAGUGCACGUGUUUCUGCGGCACGGGGUGCCUGAGGCCUGCGACAGCACACGACUAUAA